AUGAAAAGCAGGGAAGAUUCAGUGUCUAUCAGAAGUGACGAACAAUCGUUGGAUUUAGAUUGCAGGAUAAUGAAACCGAAGUUUAAACAGCCUGAUUACGAUACGUAUCAAACAGAAACUAGUACCUCUGUUUAUAAAAGGAUAAUGGAGAUUAAGUCUAGUUCGAGUGAAUAUAAAUUCAAGACAUGUCAUGAGGCUGUUCCAUCAACAAAACAAUAUGGAUGUGUUAGGAAGUUUAGUGAUUGUUAAUUAUAAGAGUCGAAUGAGGAGAAAUAUAGAAAUAACCAAUUCAUAAACUAAAAUUUUGAUAAUAUUUUGGGUAAAGAUAAAACAAGAAAGAAAAAAAGUAAGAAGGGAUCUCUCUACUCUAUACAAAGUUAAUCUCAAUCUCCAAUUUCUAACAAGAACUAGUAAAAUUAAUUAUAGGAAACAUCAUCAAAAAAGUCUCAAAAAUCUAUCAGCAAAAGCUCAACAGUUAAUCUACCUAAAAAAGGAAUGUACAAUUCUUAAGAAAAGAAGAUUGGACAUACUUUGGACCAUCAACCAAUAAGAGUAUAAUAGAGAACCAAUCAAUUGAACCAUCAUGUUGAUUAAUUUUAGAAUCCAAUCUAAGAAAAAAUUACUAUCGGUCAGUUGAAUAGAUAUUCUUUGAAUGACAACAAAAUUGGAUAAAUGUACAGAAACACGAACCAUUUUUUACUGACUGCAUCGUAGCCAAAAAGCAUAUUAAAGAGCAAGUCUGUUUGUAGUGAGAGUAGCAAUGGAGAGAACAGCAGUAAAUACAAAUCAAUGAAGUCAUCGAUUUUUAAGAAAGUUACCUUCGAAUCAAUUAAAGGAUAAAAUAAUAUGAAAUAAUCUCUACACAAUUAAUAACAAUUGAUUAUAAUACAAUGA